UGAGUCGGUUUUAUAUUAAAAUACUAUGACGGCAAGCGACCGACUUCAAAACAUGGCGGUGAUGGACGUUGAUCACCACGAUUGAUUGCUUAUAUUAAUGGUGUCUAUUGGAAAACAGAGGAGGAGUAGCUUUUUGUUGUCAAUUAGAUUGGUCUGUAUCUCUGACUCUGAGAAUUGUCGCAACGUAGAAUUACAAUCUUGCAAGGCAAGGGAGCUUUACAUGUGUAUGUCAAAGGUGGCGAAUCCGAGAGACGAGGGGGAGCGGACAACGAGGAGGGUUGAAGGUGAUGAGAUAAGGGAGGUCGAUGAAUGGCUCUUUUAUCGGCCUUACCAGACGACACAAAGUGGAAGUAGUAGUUCAAGUGCGGCGCCGGCAAUGCUCUCGGUGCUUAACAGAGAGAGGGAGAUGUCAGCGAUGGUGUCGGCUUUGAGACAUGUCGUGUCUGGGGAGGUGGCUGAUGUGUCGGAUUUGACACCACCGAGCGUGCCUUCUCCUCCUUCUGGGACUUCUUAUUCUUCCGGUUCGCCAUUUGUUGAAGUUGGGCGGAAGAGAGAACGGGAAGAUGUGGGUGGCGGUGGAGAGCUGCGUGAACCGGUUACAACGCUUUGUACAGCUUUCGGUGACUUCACACAUGGAGGCUCUGGCUCAUCAUCUGGUGUGAGAGCGACAGAAGGCACAAGCACAAGGACAAGCACGGCAACACCAACACAAACAACAUUGUCUCCAACGUACGAAUACAGCAGAGAAAUCCCUACCGCAGAACCAAGAAGAAGAUACAGGGGAGUGAGACAGAGACCAUGGGGAAAAUGGGCAGCCGAGAUAAGAGACCCAUUCAAAGCUGCCAGAGUCUGGUUAGGCACAUUCGAAACAGCUGAAGCCGCCGCCCUAGCCUACGACGAAGCCGCCCUCCGGUUCAAAGGCAACAAGGCAAAACUCAACUUCCCCGAAAAUGUCACACUCCGGCAGCCAUCCGCAAGUUCUCCGAUGACCCAGUUGGCCACUUCGGAUUCUCGAAGUACCCUUUUUGCCAUUCCAACAUCCACCGCGCCGAUCGUUCACUCUCAGGCACUUGACCAUUUGCAUGGCGCUCAGGCUUAUUCAAGAAACGUCUUUGACUAUUCCAAUCAGUUGGUUGAUUUUCAGAGGCAGCCCGUGAGCCUUUACGAUCAUAUGUUUUUGACAUCCUCAAUGGCUUCUCAUUUUCAGUCUUCUCCUUCAUCAAUAUCGUCUUCCUCGCUUGCUUCUUCUGUUUCUUCAUCUUCUCCUCCGCCACCCCCAUCACUUCCUCUGUUUCACCCGGUUCCCCAUGGGCCGGGUCCUGCCCCAGAUUUUCCAGCCCUUGACUGGCCCGGUCCUGGUCACCAUACUCCUCCCACUGGAUAAUUUUCUUCUGAAAAAAAAAAAUUUAAUAAAUAAAUAAAUUCGUUCGUGUAUUCUUAGUUUGAUUAUUAUUAGUCAUGGACUUUUGGCUUA